UUUGUUGAUCACUGUCACCGGUAACAACCUGGACUGUGCGGCCCGACCCCUAAUGACCUUCAACUUCUGUCCCGUGGUGAGGUCACGCCGGGCAGUGAACAUCACCGUCUGUGAUUAUGAGCAGGAGUGUCGCAGUUCCAAGGACGGCCGGACCCUCGAGUGCCUCUCGCCGAACGUUGCCGACCUUGACCUCGUGGUGACCCCCAAGGACCCAUAUCCGGUCUUAGCCAUUCUCGUCAUGGAUGGGGUGAAGCAGGAUCAGAUGUUCGAACCGGAUGCCGGAUAUCUGCGCCGCUUCCAGUACUACCCGGAUCCCGUCUUCCUGCCGCUCUCUCCCGUGGAGGGAAACGCGACAGAGAAUGUCACCUAUCUGUUGAGUUAUCAAGCUGAGCAACUGACCAUAUAUGGAGAGAACCUCUUGGCUGCAGGCGAUUUUAGCGCCAUCGUUGUCGACCUAGGACUCAACGACACGUGCGCGGUCGUCGGCCUGUCGGCUACUAGCGUCACGUGCGUGCUGCCGGUCGACAGAGAGACGGACGAGCCGUACACAGUUACCGUCUCCGUCGGCAACAUCGACACCGUCGUCGGCAACCUCGUGCUCUCGUCGCAGCUCACGACGCCGACGUCGACACUGGCGCCACCUACGACCAACGCGUUAAUAGAGCGCUCUAGUGGCGACGUAGCGCUGUACGUGCUGGGGACGCUGCUAGCGCUGGCUGUGCCUGUGAUCGCUAUAUUCCUUAUAAUGCGCAAGCGCCGCAUCGGACCCUUCCGCAAGGAGACCAACGCUCGCGUCUUCUACACCCCUCACCCGGGCGCCUCGCAGCCGUACGACACGGCCCCUGGCGAGGCGGCAGCUAUCCUGGACCUCGACGACGAGCUGCGCUUCAUGCUGGAGACUGCCGACGUUCUGAUUGCCAGGGAAAAGCUCAUCCUCGGCGAAGUGCUGGGAUCGGGUCAUUUCGGCUGCGUGUACAAAGGUCAUUUUGUCAAGGACAAGAUGGAUAUUAUUGACGUCGCCAUAAAGACGUUGAACCGAGUCCAGGAUCAAGACACGCGCGCCUUCUUUAAGGAAGGGCUCAUCAUGAAGGACUUUAAGCACGAGAACGUCGUGCCACUGAUAGGCAUUUGCCUGCCUAGCGGUACUGACGGACCGAUGGUAGUACUGCCUUACAUGCAGAACGGAGACCUGCUCUCCUACAUACGCGACGAGAACAAUACGCCUACCGUGAGAAUCUUGCUCAGGUUCAGUCUGCAGAUAGCCGACGGCAUGAAGUACUUGUCUGAACUGAAGUUCGUACACCGGGACCUCGCAGCGAGGAACUGCAUGCUGGACGACAAGCUGGUGGCAAAGGUCGCCGACUUCGGCCUGUCACGUGACGUUUACGAGGAGAAUCUCUAUACGUGCAAGGACCACAAAGCGAAGCUGCCGAUUAAGUGGAUGCCGAUAGAGAGUCUAGAGAAGGGAACCUACAGCCUCAAGUCAGACGUGUGGUCGUACGGUGUCGUCAUGUGGGAGCUGAUGACGCGUGGAGUCACGCCCUACCCGGACGUGGACAGCUGGGACAUCGUGACGUAUCUCCGCAUCGGCAGACGCCUCCCGAAGCCGACCUACUGCCCCGACGAUCUCUAUGCGAUCAUGCUGCAGUGCUGGUGUCUGAGUGCCAUAGACCGGCCGACGUUCGCACAGCUGUCCGAGUCACUCGCCGACCUUCUCGCACGCUUCCAGAGGUUAGACUCGGCGUCACAACCCCUGACCCUUGACGUCACGUACGAGAACGUUCCGUCGGGUCAUGCAGCGGCCGCCGGCGCUGCUGCUGUUGCCGAUCCAGAGUGUUCGACGCUGCCUCGAUCACACACAGUGUCGGAGAACGCGUCGCAGGCGCAGAAGAAGCUACCAACGUCUUCCGCCAGGCCGCGCCACCUGAGCUUGCCCGUCGGUGUCUCAGAGGAUGUCGCCACCCAUAUCCCGGGAGAGGGCGCAGAGGUCGCCGUACCGCCGACGCCGCCGAUAUCGCCGGUAGGCCAUGCCCCUGAUCUCGGCUCGUCCAAGCAUAACCUGUACACCCAAGAGCCGCAUCACAGCUUGCUGCCAGACGGCAUCGGUUUUCCAAACAUCUCUGCAGAGGACGCGCAGGCGGCGCCACCUGCGACCGACCACGCUUACAGCAACGUGCCCAAGCCCCUUCCCCGCUCCACCAGCAUUCACCAGCAGCAGCUACAGGAGGAGCCGAAGAAGGAAGAGGAGGAGGAGGAGGAGUAGCAGCAGCAGCAGGAGGAGAAGGAGGAGACGUAAGGAAGCAGGCUGAACGCGGGGGCUAGAACUCCGGGUGCGAGCGAGCUCGGCGACAAACGAGCAGACGACCACCGAGAAUGCACCGCAGCGACAGUAGCAGCUAGUGGCGCCCCCUGCCAGAGGAACGUCAACCUGGGACGUAGAUGGGCUACACGCUCUUAGGGAGAAGACAGACUAGACGGAGCAAGGGUGAGGCGGGCUAGAAUGGUAUCAGGUUGAUGCUGAGCCUGAGGGUAUGAGGGGGAAGGGUGCAAACUAGGGGACGUAAAGGGUUAGGAAUACUGUGGUCAGGUGACGACAGACUCGGAACUCGAGGAGGAAGCGGCAUACUAAGGGGAGGGGAGUGCAGAGAACGAAGGAGGGUAUGCAUACCCACUCAUGGGGAGAGGGUAUGCAUGUUAAAUGGAAGUAUCAGGGAAUAAGUUCCCAGUAUAGGUUCUAUUUCUAUAUAUUAGUACUCGAUAUUAUCGUAUAUUGUAUAUCGUAUAUUGUAUACAUUGUGUGUAUAUUGUAUUGUUGUAUUACGAAUAUUGUAUGUUAUAAUGCUAGAUAUACUCGCUGUGAUAGUCGGCAAAACUGUGUUAAACACUAAAAGAACAGAGAGAGAGAGAGAGAGAGAGAGAGAGAGA